UAGGAGGAGAUAACACUCACAACAAAUUGCAAAGUUUCAUACAAACCAAUAACCAUUGCUUGUGAAUUAACACACCACCAAACCAAACCCACCCAAAAAAGCAAAAGCCCACAUUUUUGGUGUUGAUUUCCUGUCUCUUUCUUUCUCUCUCUUCAUUCUUCCCCUAAUUUUUCAGCAAAAACAAAACUACCCAUUUCAUCAAAUCCUUUUAUUCUAUGAUAAUUUCACUCACAUUUUUGUAAUUUCAAUAAAAGAUUGAAUCUUUUUGGUGGGUUUUUUUUUUGAAAAAGAAGAUAAAUUAAUGGAGCAAAAAAGUUUUCUUUUAUCUGCAUUAAGUGUUGGUGUUGGUGUUGGUGUUGGCCUUGGGAUUGCUUCUGGCCAAACAGUUGGUAAAUGGAUUGGUUCAAAUGCUACCUUGGAUAGCAUUUCUGCUGAUCAAAUUGAAAAUGAAUUAUUGAGGUUGAUUGUUGAUGGCAAGGAAACUAAAGUUACUUUUGAUGAGUUUCCUUAUUUUCUAAGUGAGCAAACCCGAAUGCUAUUGACAAGCGCUGCAUAUGUUCAUUUGAAGCAUGCUGAAGUUUCUAAGUUCACUAGGAAUCUGUCACCCGGAAGCAGGGCAAUUCUGCUUUCAGGGCCAGCUGAACUUUAUCAGCAGUUGCUUGCUAAAGCACUGGCUCACUACUUUGAUGCGAAGUUGUUACUGUUGGAUGUUGUCGACUUUUCCAUGAAGAUGCAGAACAAGUAUGGCUGCAACAAGAAGGAAACUCGCAUGACAAGGUCCAUUUCGGAAGCAACAUUAGGACGUAUGUCCAGCUUGCUAGGUUCCUUCUCUGUCCUUCCUCCAAGGGAAGUACCUAAAGGAACAUUGCGUAGGCAAGCUAGCACCACAGACAUCAAUUCUAGGGCUGGGGAUGCUGCCAGUUGCCCUCCAAAGCAUCGUAGGAAUGCCUCAACAUCAACUGAUUUAAGUAGCAUUGCUUCUCAAUCUGCUACAACAAGUUUCCCUCCAAAGCGCACAAACAACUGGUCUUUUGAUGAGAAACUGUUUCUACAAGCACUUUACAAGGUCUUAGUCACCGCAUCAGAAAAGAAUCCUAUCAUAUUAUAUGUCAGGGACAUUGAAAGGCUACUGCUUCAAUCAGAGAGGCUAUACAAUUUGUUUGACAAAUUGUUGAAGAAGAUGACGGGUUCAGUCUUGGUGCUUGGGUCACGUAUGUUAGAUGCAAAUUCUGAGUAUGAACAAGUGGAUGAUCGGCUUACCUUGUUGUUCCCUUACAACAUUGACAUCAGGCCUCCAGAUGAUGAGAGUAACCUUGUUAACUGGAAUUCUCAACUAGAAGAGGACAUGAAGAUGAUCCAAUUUCAGGAUACCAGGAACCACAUUGCUGAGAUUCUUGCAGCUAAUGAUCUUGUUUGUGAUGAUCUGGGUUCCAUCUGCCAUUCAGACACAAUAACCCUCAGUGAUCAUAUUGAUGAAGUUGUGAUGUCUGCAAUAUCUUACCAUUUAAUGAACAAUAAGGAGCCUGAUUACCGCAAUGGGAAGCUGGUUAUAUCUUCUACGAGUUUGGCCCAUGGCUUGAGUAUAUUCCAAGAAGGAAAAAAGAUGGGCGUGGCUAAGAUGGAAACAAAUGGUGAAACUGGAAAGGCAACGGAUGAUGCUGGUGCAGUGAAGUCAGAUGGGAAGUCUGAAAGUUCUGGUGCUGAUAACAAAGGUGAUGACAAAUCACUUCCCCCGACAAAGAAUGCUGAAAAUCCGGCCCCUGUGAAGGAAGUGGCCCCGGACAAUGAGUUUGAGAAACGCAUAAGGCCGGAGGUGAUUCCUGCGAAUGAGAUAGGAGUUACAUUCAACGAUAUUGGAUCUCUGGAGGAGACUAAGGAAUCUCUUCAGGAACUAGUGAUGCUUCCCCUAAGAAGGCCAGACCUGUUCAAAGGUGGGCUUUUGAAGCCUUGCAGAGGUGUGCUGCUCUUUGGCCCUCCUGGUACUGGUAAAACUAUGUUGGCUAAGGCUAUUGCCAAUGAAGCUGGGGCGAGCUUCAUCAAUGUCUCGAUGUCCACCAUCACUUCAAAAUGGUUUGGUGAAGAUGAAAAGAAUGUCCGGGCAUUGUUCACACUUGCAGCUAAAGUGUCUCCCACUAUUAUCUUUGUUGAUGAGGUGGAUAGUAUGCUUGGGCAGCGUACCAGGGUUGGGGAGCACGAAGCCAUGAGGAAAAUCAAGAACGAGUUCAUGACACAUUGGGAUGGACUCAUGACCAAACCCGGGGAACAGAUUCUUGUUCUUGCUGCUACCAACAGGCCAUUUGACCUUGAUGAAGCCAUUAUUAGGCGAUUUGAGCGCAGGAUAAUGGUGGGUUUGCCAAGCACUGAGAAUAGGGAGAAGAUCUUAAAAACUCUUUUGUCAAAAGAGAAAGCAGAGAAUGUUGACUUCCGUGAGCUUGCCACCAUGACUGAAGGAUACACUGGAAGUGAUCUUAAGAAUCUCUGUAUCACUGCUGCAUACCGGCCUGUUCGUGAGCUGAUCCAGAGGGAGAGAAAGAAGGAUUUGGCAAGGAAGAAGAAAGCCCAAGAGAAUAACAACGAUUCAACUGAUGCUUCAUCUGAGACAAAAGAACCUGAGAAGGAGGAAGAGCCAAUUGUUUUGAGAGCUUUGAACAUGGAAGAUCUGAGGCAAGCAAAGAAUCAGGUUGCUGCUAGUUUUGCUUCAGAGGGUGCAGUGAUGAAUGAACUGAAGCAGUGGAACGAGCUGUAUGGAGAAGGCGGUUCAAGGAAAAAGGAGCAGCUUACUUACUUCUUAUAGAAAUGGCCGUCCUUUUUCACACAUUCAGAGCAUCCUAUUCUUACGCUUUCCUAUAAAGCUCGAAGAGAACUCCCACAAACAGCUCUAGUUCUGAAGAUAUGUUUCCAUAGGGAGGAAGUUUACUUGAAAGCUCUGUUGCUAGAGUCCUCUUUGGUAUGGAUAUAUAUAAUCUCAAAGCAUCAAAAAAAAAAGGCUUGAAUUUAGUGUAGUUUGUAUUUCUUGCUGGUGCAUUGGUGGUCGAGUGAAAGUGAGUUCUAGUUUGAUGCAAUGUGGGUUCACAUUCUACAUACCAUAUUCUAUGUAAGAGUUAAUUUGCUCAUGCUCUAUCUUUACAAGAGCCUAUGCAAUGUAGUAUGUAAUUAGGUUUCUAGAAAAUGAACAACUUAUAAAAUUUCUCUUAAUUUUUAUGGUGUAAUUUAUGUAUCAGUUACUGUGGCAGUUGCCCUUUGUACAUUAUGUCUUAUUUAACUCUUCUUAUUCUGUUUCUA